AUGGUCCUCACACGGUCUCGAAGCAUCAAGGGGAUCGGCGCAGUCGCAGCUGGCGAAGACAGGAAGCUGAUCGAGCCGACUGAAGAUCCAGAGAAGAUCGGCAGGGCAAAGUAUGAAGCCGCGCCGAGAUCGCUCCAUUACGAGUUUGGCGGACCCAUUGGCGCUUUGGGCGUGACGACGGCAGUGCCUUUCUUCUCUUACUGGCUAGGCAACAGCUGUACAGCUUCGGGAUGCCCGCCAAUGCCUCUCGAUCGGUACUUUUCUCAGGGAUGGCAAGCCAUGCAAACAUCGAGCUAUUGGCUCGGCUUGUGGGAUACACAAGCCGCCUAUGUCUAUUUGGGCUGGUAUGCCUGGGUCGUAUUGGCAUGGUACCUCCUACCGGGCAAGUGGAUAGACGGGGGAGCACUCAGGGACGGUACAAAGCUCACCUACAAGCAGAAUGCAUUCGUGACUUUGCUUGCUAGCAUUGCUCUCUGGGCAGGCGCAGUAGCUGUCUUGGGUGCAGACAGUAUGCUCUUCGUCUACGAUCACUGGCAAGGUCUCGUGACUGCCAGUCUGGUCAUGUCGGUCGCACAAGCCUUCUUUGUUCAUUUCCAAUCGUUCCGUGAGGACACCAUGUGCGCCGAGGGCGGCAACACGGGCAAUGCUCUCUACGAUUGGUUCAUCGGACGGGCUCUCAACCCGCGCAUCGGCAGCUUCGAUAUCAAAACAUUCAACGAGAUCCGGCCAGGUCUCAUCCUCUGGCUACUGCUCGAUCUUGCGCUCGCUGCAAAGCAAUAUGCCGACAUCGGACGUGUCACCGACAGCAUGGUCCUCGUCGUCCUUUUCCACGCUGUCUAUGUCUUUGACGCGCUCUACAAUGAAGCGGCCAUCCUGACCCAGAUGGACAUCACCACAGACGGAUUUGGCUUCAUGCUCAGCGUCGGUGAUCUGACCUGGGUGCCUUUCACGUACGGCCUGCAAGCAAAGUACCUGGCUGCAUUCCCUAAAGAUCUGGGCUACCUCGGCACUGCCGGUGUGCUGGCUGUCAACUUCCUUGGCUAUUGGAUCUUCAGAGACUCGAACGGCGAAAAGAAUGAUUUCCGAAACGGCAAGAAUCCAAAGAAUCUGACAAGUAUGAAGACAAAGCGAGGUACAGCAUUGCUCACGAGCGGAUGGUGGGGUCUAUGCCGGCAUCCCAACUAUUUGGGCGACCUCAUCAUGGCCGUCAGCUGGUGCCUUCCAACCGGAUUCGAUACCCCGCUCACAUACUUCUACCCUGUUUACUUCCUGAUCCUACUCGUCCAUCGACAGAUGCGCGACGAUCAUGCUUGCGCGAAAAAGUACGGUGCUGACUGGGACAGAUACGUCAAGCUCGUUCCAAGCAGGAUCUUGCCGGGUGUAUACUGA